AGUCGUGCGUCAAUUUUCUUUCGUUUAAGUUAGUUAGGUGCAGCUGGGAUAAGUGUUUUAUCAUUUUUGAAUGAGAAUUAAGUGAAUUAUCAAUAAUGGGUACCGCAAACGAAUUGCCAGGAUCAAUAUAACGUUUCAGAUCACAAAUGGCUGCUGACUUGCUGUUGAAAGCGAGCAAGCAUUCUAAGUAUUUACCGUAUAGAAAUUUUUUGUAUCAUAGAUUUUUUGUGGGACUGCUCUUGUUUAUAGUGAUAUCUUUAGUGUUAACAGUGGUGUUCAAUGCGUUUAGUGGUCCUUUGCCGCGGACUAGUGUUUACGAGUCUAUUGAUUUGAAUAAAAGAAGCAAAGUGGUAUUAUCACGCAAUGCUCCGUUUUCGCAGAUUCGAUCUGCGAAUUGUACAUAUUGGGAUUGCUUUGAUGUCUACAAAUGCGGGAGAGGAGGUCAUGAUAAGAUAACCAUAUACAUUUAUCCGUUAAAAGAUUAUCAGACUGAGCAUGGGAAUUCAAUAUCGCAAUUUUCUAGAGAAUUUUACUUGAUAUUAGAUACAAUAAAACACAGCAAGUACUAUACGACAAACCCAGAGGAAGCGUGUUUGCUGGUCCCUAGCAUAGACACAUUAAAUCAAGCAAGUUUCUCUAAGAGUGAAGUGUCACAAGCUUUGCAAUCUCUAUCUCAUUGGAAUAAUGGUGAAAACCACCUACUGUUCAACAUGCUGCCUGGAUCACCGCCUAAUUACAAUCCAGUCAUCGACCUCAAUACUUCAAAAGCAAUUAUAGCAGGUGCUGGAUUUAAUACAUGGACUUUCCGCUAUGGCUUUGACAUUUCUGUACCAGUGUAUAGCCAAAUUGCUAAAAAUAUUGAUAAUACACAACCAAAAAAGAAAAACUAUCUGAUAAUAUCAGCGCAACUUAACAUCCCCGAGAAUUAUCUUGAAGAUUUACAGAGUACUGCAUCGUCGUCUAAUGAUUUACUAUUACUCGACGAAUGUAAAACUGGGGAUGUACUUGAUUACACUAAAAGAUGUGAAUACACCACAGGCCGUGAGUUUAAUUACCCAGAUAUAUUGAAAGAGGGCUUGUUUUGUUUGGUUGUAAGAAGUGCAAGACUUACUCAUUCAUUAUUAAUGGAUGUUAUUGCCUCACAGUGCAUACCAGUGGUUAUAUCGGAUUCUGUUGUUAUGCCCUUCAAUUCUCAUUUAGACUGGCAUAGAAUAGCAAUGUUCAUACCAGAAGAUAACAUAAAGAAUUUGUUAAAGAUCAUCAGUUCAGUCAGUAAUGAGAGACGUGGUGAAUUGUUUUGGCAAUUGCGUUGGGUUUAUGAUAAAUAUUUUGCGAGUAUAGAGAAGAUAACAUUAGCAACAUUAGAAAUAAUUAACGAGAAAGUGUUCCCGUUGGCAGCUAGGACAUAUGAAGAAUGGAACAUGCCAGAACAUUUGUAUGGUCCAUCGAAUCCACUAUUCCUACCAGUGACAGCGCCGAAAGCACCAGGCUUUACUGCGGUCAUAUUAACGUACGACCGGGUCGAAAGUCUGUUUACGCUGGUCAAGAAACUAGUCCGCACCCCGAGCUUAGCCAAGAUCCUUGUCAUAUGGAACAACCAAAAAAAAGCGCCUCCACCAUCCGCCCAGUGGCCGGUCAUCAAUAAACCGUUAAAAGUGAUACGGACGAAAGAAAACAAAUUGUCGAACAGAUUCUUUCCAUACGACGAGAUCGAAACGGAAUGUCAGUUGACUAUCGACGAUGACAUUGUCAUGUUGACGCCCGACGAACUGGAGUUCGGUUUCGACGUAUGGCGUGAGUUUCCGGACCGGAUCGUCGGGUUCCCUUCGAGGCUCCAUCUCUGGGAUAACGCGACAAAUUCGUGGCGUUACCACAGCGAAUGGACUAAUCAGAUUUCUAUGGUUUUAACCGGAGCCGCGUUCCAUCACAAGAUCUGGUCCUGGUACUACACGUAUAAGAUGCCGUCCGAGAUCAGAACGUGGGUGGACGACAACUUCAAUUGCGAAGACAUAGCCAUGAACUUCCUCGUCGCUAACGUGACCAGAAAACCUCCAAUCAAGGUUACACCCCGUAAGAAGUUCAAGUGUCCGGAGUGCACCAACACGGAGAUGCUGUCAGCGGACGCGCAGCACAUGGCGCAGCGCUCGGCCUGCGUGGGGCGCUUCGCCUCCGCCUACGGGCACAUGGCGCUCCGCCCCGUGGAGUUCCGCGCCGACCCGCUGCAGUACCGGGAGGCGGGGGCCGGCGUGCCGCACGCCUACCCCGACAUCGGCGCCCUCUAGCGCGGUACGUGGGACCACUCCUAGCUCUGUAUUAGGCCCGGUGUUUCAGCUAAACUCUAGGAAUCACUAGUAUUUAUAGUCAAGAUCAUAAAUGAGAAUGAUGUGUCCCGCUGCUUGAGGGAGGGAAGAGCGACUGAGAUAUGCCCCAGCUCAGAAUGAGAAACUAUUGGGUUUCAAUUAAAACGGACGGAAAAUAAUAAUUGUCUAUAGUCAUUGUCAAUGUCAAGAUCUUCACUAUAAAUGGGGAUGAUGAGUCCCGCUGUUUAAGGGGGGGAAGAGCGGCUGAGUUAUGUUCCUGCUCCUAAUGAGAAUCCACCGGGUUUCAAUUAAAACGAACGGAAAAAUAAUAAUUGUCUAUUAGGAGAAGAUCUACUUAGUUAGAUAAUGUUUGUGGAAUUUUCUAGAAAUCGCCACGAAAAAGACUUCGAUCAGCCAGUAGUACUGGGACAUUGACAGGUUUGAUAUUGACGAGUGUCCAUUUUGUUUGUGACACUAAACUGUUGUUUUGACGAGAUGACAUUUCGAUUUAUUUAUCUAUUAUGUGACAGUGAAAUGUCAUUCUAAUGUCACUCGCAUGUGUGUGGAUGUGGUCAUUAACUGAUGCGUACGUUUUGUUGUAAUUGAAAAAAUGUUUGACCGAAACGUUUUAACAAUAAGUAGUUAAUAUUUUUUUACGAUUAAAAUCAAACGAAGAUGGUCACUUUUUAAAUAUAAUAAUUGACGAUGAUUAUUAAAGGGUUAAUUGUGGUCGGAAUUUGAAGCACUUUUAUAAAACAAACAUAAUAAUGAAAUAGUGCCUGUUGGCCUUGGACAUUACUUCAAAUGCGCUUUUGAUUUUAAAGUUGUUCGAGAAUAACUAUUUUCAUCUACUGAAGUUACGUACAGUAAUAGCUCUUUAUUCGCGCUUCCUUCGCAUUUUCACGGAUAAAAAAAUGCGACCCAAUUCUUCAUUCGCGGCUAAAGAUUGCUUUAUUCGCGAAUCUAAUCGGUAUAUCAAAUUCAAAUUCAAAAUCAUUUAUUUCAGCUUAGAUGUCAGUAUAACACACUUGUUGAAUGUCAAAAUAUAAAUAACAGUGUUAACUCUACCACCGGUUCCAAAAAAAGCCACAGUCCUGAGAAGAACCGGCGAAACAAACUCAGCGGGUUUUUGUUUUUUCACAAAUAUUUACUUUUUUUUUUUUUUUAAAUAAGUAAAAAUAUUUACAAUAAACGAAAAAACAAGUCAAAAAUACAAUAAAAAAAAAUAUAUAUAUAUAUGAAAAAGCCAGGAGCUAACGCCUCAUUCCGGCUCAUAUCGGUACAUACAUAUUGAUAAAAAGGAUUCCAAUAUGUACGUAUCCAACCAAAUGUCCUUUGUAAACGCGUCGUCAAAUGAAUUAAUAUAGAAAAGAAAAUAGACCUUAUCACAACUAUGCCUAAAGUAUGCUGUUAAAUUUUGUCGUCGCUGUAUUGGUUCCUUUGACGGAAGCGUCUUUCGCCGCGAUUGACGUUUUUGAUAAUGUAAAUAAACAGAAAAAAAUCAACCUUAUUGCUCAGUUCAUAAAGUAUAUUUUUAAAUAAUGAAUUUAAAAGACAAUUAAAAUUACCAUUUCAAAUUAACGGUUUCUGUAUACGCGGCAUAUUUACGGAACAUACACCCCGCGAAUAAAGAGAUUUUACAUUUGCCAACUAUGUACCUGCAUUGUUGCCAGGGCGGGUAAACGUAAAAUGAAACGAUUAAUUUAUAUAAUUUUUGUAAGAGAGCUUCAAAUACCGCCCAACGAUUGGUGUGGACAAUAAAACGGAGAGAAGGCUGUAUGAGAUAUUGAAAUGGGAAUUCGUCCCUAUUACCAGGGUAUGUAGGGUUAAAUUCGAUUGUUUCAGAAUAAAGCAUUACUGUAGAAUCUAUAGUCGUGUAUCUAGAUUCAUAGAUCGUCUUUUGGUACACAUUAACGCAUCUAUAUAAUAUUGGCAAUCAAUUAAUUUUGUAUUACGAAAUCAAUUUAUAUAAAUAUGGUUAAAUUAUAGUAAGUGAAUGAAUAAAUAAUUAGAUAUUACAUUCAUAAUGUAUGUUAAAAAAUGGAUUAAUUACAUAUAUUUAAAAUGGAAAACGUUCAUUAAUUUAAAAUUUAUUGAUUCACUAACAGAAAUGGAAUUUUAUUUAUUUAGAAUUUUAAAAAAAACUAAGUCUUGAAAUAUACCUUCUACCCAAACAAAAGAGUGCCAUAAUGAAAUUAUUACUUUGCUUAUCAAUAUGAUAGUGUUUCGUUAUUUAUUUUUAAAUAUAAGUGUAAAUAUAAGUACAUAAUAUAUUAUUUAUUUAGAAUAAACAAGAUGAUCGACUUGAUUUUUGAUUCAUGCACGAAUUUGACAUGAAACAAUAAAAUUGGGGAAAUCAUAGUCAAUUUUUUUUUACAGAACUGGUAGUAGUGUAAUUGGCAACUUUUCAUAGCGGAAUGAAUUCAAUAAUUGAUUUGCGCUGUAAUCUUUAAUAGGAAAAUUUAAAUAAGCGGUUAAAAGGAAACUAACUCGUUUGACAAUUGAAAUCACAAUCACAAUUGUCAAAUGAGUUAGUUUCCUUGUAUUGACAGUUGUACUGACAAUUGUGUUUGUGAUUUCAAUUGUCAUUUUAUUUGGAUAUAUCUAUACUUAAUAUUAUUAAAGAGGAAAGAUUUGUUUGUUUGUUUGUUUCGAAUAGGCUCCGAAACUACUGGACCGAUUUGAAAAAUUCUUUUUCCAUUAAUUUUUUUUUUUAUUUUAUUUUUUUAGUUUCAUGUGUGUUUUAAUGUUUCCGAAGCGAAGCGAGGGCGGGUCGCUAGUACUAUUAUAAAAACGAAGCUCGAAUUUUUUUUUGUUUGUUUGUAAAAUGCUUUGAUAUUAGCCACGUAGUAGUGAUAUUGAUACUCUGAAAGCAUUAGUGAAGUUCAGUUUGCCUAUAAACGCUGAAGACAUUAGCGUGCAUUGUGUUUCGUCACAGCGGUUGUCAUUACGGAUCCUCCCGAUCCAUUAACAGUGCUUUUAGGUACCACAAGCAUCGGUCACUGCCCUCGCUGAACCCGUCUUGCGACGAAGGGCUCGACGAGUGAAUUAACCCACAAACACAGCCCACUGAGUUUCUAGCUGGAUCUUUUCAGUGGGUCGCGUUUCCGAUCCGGUGGUAGAUUCUGCGAAGCACUGCUCUUACUAGGGCCAAUGUUAGCAACACUCCCAGCUUGAGCCCCGUGAGCUCACCUACACGUUAAGGUGAAGCUGAAAUAGCUUCUCAAGGCUAUUAGCAUAGGUAGGAAAAAAAAGUCACAGCGAGACUGAAUAAGAACAAAUUUCGGAUGAAUAAAUAAUUAUUACUAAUUAUAACUUACAUUCUGUAAAUGAGAUUGGUUUUCUUGAAUAAUUAAUUCAUUUUAUUGUACAUUGUACACGGUCUAUUUACUUUUGACAAUUGGCAGCCAAAACGAAAUUGCUAGAAUAAAAAAUAAAAACUGUGCUGAAAAAAUUAUGUUAUAAACAAAGGCACUGACGAAAGUCAAGCACGACAUAUCGGUGCUUUUGCGAGGACUAUAGACAAAAAAUAAAUAAAGUGUCCUAGAAUUUAAGUGUAGUUUGAAUUUUUUUCAAGGCAUAUGGGGUGGGUGUCCAUGAUUUCAAAUUUACAAUAGAUCCAAAUAUUUAAUGCCGCGAUGUAUUUGUAGAUUUUUUUGGUAAGAACGAAGGUAGUACGAGUGUAGUUUAGAUAAAUGUUUGUUUUUGUAAAAUAUUAUGUAAUUUUGUAUUGUAUAUAGAUGUGUAUAAAUGAAUUGGAUGUAAGCCCGCACGGGUCGAUACCUCCGUCCGUCGCUUGUCACUGCUGUGUCGUGAUGCGUUCCGGUUUGACUAUAGCUGUUAUUGCUAUGUGUGGAAGUGCAGAUAUUAGUUUUCUACUGAACACGUGCUGCUGUCCGUGGACCAGCACGGCAAUUCUUAUAUAUAAAUAUGUGUUUUAAUUAGGCGCUAAUUUUUGCCCAAUGAUCGAUGUUCGACAAUAACCACCGAAAACUCGACAUUUAGAUUAAUCUUAUUUAUUAUUAAUUUAAACAUAGAUUUACCAUUUUUACAUAGAUUACCAUGUAAAAAAAAACAUUUUUUUCUUAGUACAACAAAAUUUCGUGAAUAUGUUCUGAAAAAAAAUAACAAUAUUCAUUUUGUAAUAUGUACGUGCGUUUGUCACUAAACGGCUGGAUCGAAUUCAAUGAUUUUUUUUUGAGUCUUCGUAAGUCUCUGGAUUGUCAAGAUACUGAACAAUUACACUCGGUAGGUGGCGCUAAGAUUGAAUUUCAGAAUUAUUUUGACACUAAUUUCGACGUACCAAAAACUAGAUUAAUGCGUGCUCUAGAAAUAGAACUAAAAUCGCAUACAAAUUUGUGACAAACAAUUUUCAUAUAAAGUUUAUUUAUAAGUUAUAUUAAGUAACAUCUACCAAAGAGUUAUUCGGACUAGUCUCUGUAACGUGGAUAGGUAUUUGUUUUUGGCGAUUGAUUUUUUUUGUUGUUGUUCUUACGACAAAUAGUGUUACCAAAUUAAAAAAAGAAAAACAUCUCCGCGUAAAUCUUUUGUUUUAUUGAUUUAUUAUCGAAUUAGGGAUUAAAUGUGUCGGUGACUUACUGUGAAAAUUUUUCGUUUAAUAAAAAUACUAAGAAUGCAAGAUAUGUUAUGUAAAAGAAAAAAAGUUUUUUUUAUAUAUAUUUUUAUUAUGAAAGAAGCCUAGUAUUUGUCACAUUUGUUUUUUGAAGAAUCGUAAAUAUUUUACUAAGUAUCAGCAAUUUCACUAGUAUUUCGAUUAACUUAGGUACAAAUUUAUAUUGUUUUUAUUAAAUUUAGGAUUUAAUACAUUUUAUAAAUAGUUUUUUUUUUGAUACACGGAGUAUUAAUGAGCAGCUAGCUAUGUAAUAAGUCGAUCGAUGGCUUUAGUCUUUGUAGUGUUGUCUUUAAUGUGAUUUGGAAAUAUAUCAAAAUUAUGUAAAUACAUACGUAUUAGUGUAUUUGUAAAUAUAGUUGUAUCGAUUCCUUGUAAUAUCGAUUGUAGUUUUAUGUUUUAUUCCAUUACGAUAAGGUUAUUAGUUGUAUGUUUUGUUUGUAAGUUUGUAUAAAAACACGAGAUAUGAUCAGUUUGCUGUUGUCCACGUUGAGGCUGUAAACGCGAACCUUCGUGACUUCAACUGAAUGAACUGAAUAUUUAAAAAUGUAAUUGCUUCCGUUUCGUCAAAAUUUUUACCAAGAUAUCGCUUUAAACCAAUUGAAUAUGCAAUUUCGAAAAGGCCACAUCUCUGAAAAUAUAAAAUAUUCAGGAAAUGAAAAAUACUGAUUUUAUUUUCUAAAGCAGUGUAAAAUUUAAAAUACAUAUUAACUUUUGAGAUAUAUUUUUGUGUUAAUUAGCAAUUGAAAAUUACUGGAAUUAUUAUAAAAUGGGUAAGCCUCAAAACUACAUGUAUAUGAAAAAACGUAUUUGACAAAAUAUACGACAUGUGCCCUUUCCGAAAUUGCAUAUUCAAUUAGUCUAAGGAGUUUGAAGUCGUCCUGGCCUAAAGGAUAAGACGUCUGGUAUCGCAGCGAUGCGACUGUGCCGAUGUUCGAAUCCCGCAGGCGGCUACAAAAUUUUUCUAAUGAAAUACGUUUUUGACAAAUGCUCACGAAUGAAUUCUACGAUGAAGGAAUAACAUCGCGUAAUAAACGUCAAAGGAAGAAUAUAUUAUGUUAGCUAAUUACUGGUGGCAGGACGACGUUUUGGUUUGAAGGAUAAGUUAGCCGUUUUAUAGUACAAUUGGGACUCAUGAGACUCAACCUCAUGUCUCAAGGCGAAUGAUGACGUUUGUGCAGCGAUGUCUAUGGACUCCGGUAAACAGUUAACGUCAUAUGAGCCCUAAGCCAGUUCAUUUUCAGAUGCAAUAAAUAAACAAAACAUAAAUAAUUAUUAAACCGAUAAUUUUGAAAGCCAAUUCUCAUUUUUAUCUUUAAUGGGGAUGAUUUUGAAUUUUGAUUAUCUUCUGUGUUGUUUAUAUAGAUUUUUUUUUAUUUUUUUUUAUUGCUUAGAGGUUUGGACGAGCUCACAGCCCACCUGAUGUUACGUGGUUACUGGCGCCCAUGGACAUCUACAAUGUAAAUGCGCCACCCACCUUGAGAUAUAAGUUCUAAAAUCUCAGUAUAGUUACAACGGCUGUCCCACCCUUCAAACCGAAACGCAUUACUGCUUCACGGCAGAAAUAGGCUAGGUGGUGGUACCUACCCGCGCGGACUCGCAACAGGUCCUACCACCAGUAAUUACGCAAAUAAUAAUUUUGCGGGUUUCACUUUAAUUACACGAUGUUAUUCCUUCACCGAUGUAGGGUUGUCUGUAACCACUCGUUCAUAACUACCGGAUUUGUUUUGUAUUGAUAUAGGUACAUACAUAUUCACACAGCAGUGCUUGGACAUCCUUUAAGCUUAUAAAAUUAAGUUUUCAAUCUAUUAAAUGAAUGUUAGAUACACUUUUUAAAGCAUUGUUGAAAUAUCAGAAGGUUGAAACCCAAAAAGUGUUUUUUUUUUGCGUUAGUCACAAAACUUACAGUUUUAGGCAAUUAUUGUUAAUUUAUAGUAUUUUUAGUGUUCUAGCAACACUAUCUGGCAGUUGUGUUAAUAAAAAGAAAAGGCUAAUAUAUUUUGUUUUAUAAUUACGAUUAAAAUAUUAUCAGUCAUCCUCACGUUUUUUUUAAUGUAAAUUAUGUGAAAUGAAUUUUUUUGUUUGUAGAUACGUAGAUCUGUGUUAGACUUAGUGAAGUAUGUAUGUGUACUUAUAAGAAAAAUUGUCUAAGCGAUUUUUUUACAAUUGAGAACGUGUUGUAUGUGCUUAGAGUCGAUUUUUACGUGUACAUCCGAUCAAUUUGUUGUAAAUAGAACACUUAUACAUACAAUAAAAGAAGACAUAUCAAUUUAUAAA